AUGUCUGGAAGAGGGAAAGUGAGAUCGGAGCCAAUGAAAGUUGUGUUCAUUAACACACAGUACGUUGAGACAGAUGCAGGUAGCUUCAAGAAUGUUGUUCAAGAACUCACUGGUAAAGAUGCCAUCGUUGCCGCCGGUCCUUUCGAGUCUUCCUUGGCUUCCGACGGUCAUCGUUACGAUGGAGGUAGUAAAAGUGGCCAAGAUACUAGACGACUCUAUGGCGGAGGAGGAGGAGGUGGAGAUACAACGACGACCGAGUUUGAUAGAUUUUUCAGGGAGAUGCCUGCCAUGGAAGAGUUUUAUAAGCUAUGGUCAGAAACUUGA